GGUCUUCCGCGCCCGCCCGCCGGCCGCAGAGCGCUGAGUCUGCGGGGUCGCCGUUGGGCAGCAUGCGGGCUGCGUGGAUGCGGGCGCUGCUGCUGCAGCUGCUGCUGGCGGGGCCUGGGGGCUGCCUGAGCCGCCAGGAGCUCUUCCCCUUCGGGCCGGGGCAGGGGGACCUGGAGCUGGAGGACGGGGACGACGUCGUCUCCCCUGCCCUGGAGCUGAGCGGGGCGCUGCACUUCUACGACAGAGCCGAUCUCGACUCGGUCUACGUCACCACAAAUGGCAUCAUUGCCAUGAGCGAACCCCCGGCCAAGGAAUCCCAUCCCGGGCUCUUCCCACCGAGCUUCGGCGCGGUCGCACCUUUCCUGGCGGACUUGGACACGAGCGAUGGCCUCGGGAAGGUUUAUUAUCGAGAAGACUUGUCUCCCUCCAUCUUGCAGCUGGCAGCAGAAUGUGUCCAGAGAGGGUUCCCAGAGGUCUCUUUCCAACCCAGCAGCGUGGUGGUUGUCACUUGGGAAUCUGUGGCUGCUUACCAAGGGCCUAACCAGGACCCUAUCCAAGAAGGCAAGAGAAACACGUUCCAGGCUGUUCUGGCCUCCUCCGAUUCCAGCUCCUAUGCCAUUUUCCUUUAUCCUGAAGAUGGCCUGCAGUUCUCUACGGCCUUCUCCAAGAAGGAUGAGAACCAAGUUCCCGCAAUUGUUGCAUUCAGUCAAGGUUUAGUGGGAUUCAUAUGGAAGAGCGACGGAGCAUUCAACGUAUUUGCUAAUGACAGAGAAUCAAUUGAAAAUUUGGCCAAGAGCAGCAACUCUGGGCGGAAGGGUGUCUGGGUGUUUGAGAUUGGGAGCCCAGCCACAGCCAAUGGCGUGGUACCUGCAGAUGUGAACCUUGAACCCAGCGAUGGAGCAGAGUACGAUGAGGAAGAAGAUGAAGAUUAUGACCUAGUGACAGCCCAUCUGGGCCUGGCGGAUGCUAGCACCCAAUCCUUCCCUUAUGGGACUCCGAGAAGGGGUGACACUGACACAUCCAGCAUGCCCAGUGUCCUCUCCCCACGCCACGUGGCUACCGAGAGAUCCCCUGGAUCCCCCACGGAGAGAACCAGGUCUUUCCAGCUGCCAGUGGAGAAGUUUCCCCAGCAGCACCCACAGGUCAUAGACGUGGAUGAAGUUGAGGAAACAGGAGUUGUUUUCAGCUACAACACAGACUCCCGCCAGACGUGUGCCCACAACAGACACCAGUGCUCGGUGCACGCUGAGUGCAGGGACUACGCCACCGGCUUCUGCUGCAGCUGCGUCGCUGGCUACACGGGGAAUGGCAAGCAGUGUGUUGCAGAAGGCUCCCCUCAGCGAGUCAACGGGAAGGUGAAAGGGAGGAUCUUUGUGGGGACCAGCCAGGUGCCCGUGGUCUUUGAGAACACCGACCUGCACUCUUACGUGGUGAUGAACCACGGGCGCUCCUACACAGCCAUCAGCACCAUUCCCGAGACCGUGGGGUACUCUCUGCUCCCUCUGGCCCCCAUCGGAGGCAUCAUUGGAUGGAUGUUUGCCGUGGAGCAGGACGGAUUCAAGAAUGGGUUCAGCAUCACUGGGGGCGAGUUCACGCGCCAGGCAGAGGUGACCUUCGUGGGGUACCCAGGCAAGCUGGUCAUUAAGCAGCAGUUCAGCGGCAUCGACGAGCACGGACACCUGACCAUCGACACAGAGCUGGAGGGCCGCGUGCCACAGAUCCCAUUCGGCUCCUCCGUGCACAUUGAGCCCUACACUGAACUCUACCACUACUCCAGCUCAGUGAUCACUUCCUCCUCCACUCGGGAGUACACGGUGACCGAGCCCGAGCGAGACGGCACUGCCCCGUCACACACCUACACUUACCAGUGGCGUCAGACCAUCACCUUCCAAGAGUGCGUCCAUGAUGACUCGCGGCCAGCCCUGGCCAACACCCAGCAGCUCUCGGUGGACAGCGUGUUUGUCCUGUACAACCAGGAGGAGCAGAUCCUGCGCUAUGCGCUCAGCAACUCUAUCGGGCCUGUGAGAGAUGGCUCCCCUGAUGCCCUUCAGAAUCCCUGCUACAUUGGCACUCACGGCUGUGACACCAAUGCUGCCUGUCGCCCUGGCCCUGGGACACAAUUCACCUGCGAGUGCUCCAUUGGCUUCCGAGGAGACGGGCAGACCUGCUAUGAUAUUGAUGAAUGUGUAGAGCAGCCAUCAGUGUGUGGCAGCCACGCUAUCUGCAACAACCACCCAGGCACCUUCCGCUGCGAGUGUGUGGAGGGCUACCGGUUUUCCGACCAGGGAACGUGUGUGGCUGUCAUGGACCAGCGUCCCAUCAAUUACUGUGUGACUGGCCUCCAUGACUGUGACAUACCCCAGCGGGCGCAGUGUGUCUACACAGGAGGCUCCUCUUAUACCUGUUCCUGCCUGCCGGGCUUCUCUGGGGAUGGCCGAGCCUGCCAAGAUGUGGAUGAAUGCCAGCCGAGCCGAUGCCACCCUGACGCCUUCUGCUACAACACCCCAGGAUCCUUCACGUGCCAGUGCAAACCUGGCUACCGGGGAGACGGCUUCCGUUGUAUACCUGGAGAGCUGGAGAAGACCCGGUGCCAGCUGGAGCGAGAACACAUUCUCGGAGCAGCGGGGGCGGCAGAUGCACAGCGGCCCCGCCCACCAGGGCUGUUUGUGCCCGAGUGUGAUGAGCACGGACACUACUUGCCUACCCAGUGCCACGGCAGCACGGGCUACUGCUGGUGCGUGGAUCGUGACGGCCGUGAGGUGGAGGGCACGAGGACCAGACCCGGGAUGAGGCCCCCGUGUCUGAGUACGGUGGCUCCACCGAUUCAUCAGAGACCCUUAGUACCUACUGCUGUGAUCCCUCUGCCCCCUGGGACCCACCUACUCUUUGCCCAGACUGGGAAGAUAGAGAACGUCCCACUGGAUGGAAACACCAUGAAGAAGACGGAAGCCAAGGCUUUACUGCAUGCACCGGAUAAAGUCAUCAUCGGACUGGCCUUUGACUGUGUGGACAAGAUGGUUUACUGGACGGACAUUAGUGAGCCUUCCAUCGGGAGAGCCAGUCUACAUGGUGGGGAGCCAUCUACCAUCAUUCGACAAGAUCUCGGGAGCCCGGAAGGCAUCGCCGUUGACCAUCUGGGCCGCAACAUCUUCUGGACGGAUUCACAGCUGGACCGGAUAGAAGUCGCCAAGCUGGAUGGCACCCAGCGCCGGGUGCUGUUUGAGACCGAUUUGGUGAACCCCCGAGGCAUCGUGACGGAUUCCGUGAGAGGGAACCUUUAUUGGACAGACUGGAACAGAGACAACCCCAAAAUUGAGACCUCCUACAUGGAUGGCACCAACCGCAGGAUUCUUGUGCAGGAUGACCUGGGCUUGCCCAACGGGCUGACCUUCGACGCGUUCUCAUCUCAGCUCUGCUGGGUGGAUGCAGGCACCAACCGGGCAGAGUGCCUGCUCCCCAGUCAGCCAAGCAGACGCAAGGUCCUCGAAGGGCUCCAGUAUCCUUUUGCUGUGACGAGCUACGGGAAGAAUCUGUACUACACAGACUGGAAGACGAAUUCUGUGGUGGCUGUCGAUCUUGCUAUUUCCAAAGAGACAGAUUCCUUCCACCCCCACAAGCAGACCCGGCUGUAUGGCAUCACCACGGCCCUGUCUCAGUGUCCCCAAGGCCACAACUACUGCUCUGUGAACAACGGCGGCUGCACUCACCUCUGCUUGGCCACUCCAGGUAGCAGGACCUGCCGUUGCCCUGACAACACCAUGGGAGUUGACUGUAUUGAGCGGAAAUGAAGAUCCUCUCCAAGUAUUUCACAGGAACAUCCUACUUGAAUCUACUUGGUCCAAACUGAAACACUGUCCUCUGCCUGAGUGACCACUAGGCUCAGGCCCAUCCCAGCCUGAGCCCCAACAACUUUCCCCCCACUAUUCCCCAAAACAUACACUUCUUUAAUGGGAAAGUUUCUCCCCCUGUAUGAGGACAGAAUUCCCACCCUGGCCCAACUCCCAGAUAAGCUUAUACAAGCCUGGGUGAUGAUUACCUACCCCAUCCCAGUUCCCUGGACCUUUCCCAAAUCCUAGUCUCCCAGUGGUGAAUAGAACCAGCCAAGGCCUAAGCCAGCCCCCUCUCUGUGGCCUUAAAAGCUCAGCCUCAUUCUGAGGCACCCACCAUCCUAUCAGCUGCUCAACACACCAGCCUGGGUCUGCCUAGGUGAGGUUGUGAGUGAAGGAGGGAGUUAGCCCUCCCUUACUUUUUCUCUUGGUGCUCUGAUUUCCCUCUUUAUAUUCCCAUUUUUUUUAUUCCCUAGUUCUUCAUCACGUUCAUUCCAAGGCCCUCAUUGUAAUGACCGUGUUCGGCCUUUUGAUGAGAAAUUACCCAUCCUAGAGGAUAUAUGGGUACAUUGUGGAUGUUAAUGAGCAUCCUUUUCCAGAUAAGGUAUUGGCAUUUCAGUAGUAGCCUUUGAUACUCAAAGGCUUAAGUCAAAGGAGUAUCCUAUGAUAGGAAUUUCAAAGUGUAGAGUCAGAUGUUUGAGGAUGAGGAAUUACUUUGAUGUGCCUUAAAUUAUACCAGGGAUUACCAAAGUCAUCCUGUUUUCCCAAAGCACCUGUAUUCCAGCAUGUGGUCUCUGGUGCUGUGUUGAUCUUCACCUUCAUUGCUAGCACUGAUGUCCAUGCUCCUCACAGAGAUUUGUCUGAGUUCUGAGGCACAGUUUAGAGCUGGUACAAGGUGAUGACUUAACCAGUGUGUCAGUUUUAGUCUUUGCUCCAGAGAACCAAUUUAUACUUAACCAUGAAUCUGCUUAUCCUUUUGUUCUCCAUCUUUGAACUUUAGUGGCUAAAUGUGUAUCUAAAGACACAAUAUAGGAAGAGCAAAUUGAAUAAUUAGCUUAAUGAUCCAGACUCUUUAUUGCUCAUUUGUCUAAUUCAAGGGACCACUGCUACAUUUCAUACUUAUGUUUUUUUCAAUUUGUUUAGAGAACCUCUUCCAUUAGUAGCUUUGUUGUCUUUUGUCAAUUGCUUCCCAGAGUCCUAAAGCAAUAGAAAUUUUGGACUGAAAGUUGAGCAUAAGGAGUUUGAGUCAAUAAAGUAUGGAAUAAGGGAGUACAGAAGACUCAAAGUAUCAUGAAGAGAUUAACCAGGAGCAGGAAUGGAAAGCCCAAGAGAAAUGGGUGGGGAGAGGGGAUUUAUGAAUUGCAAUUAAAAAAAAAAAAAACAUGAAAUAAC